UCGACGGUUGAUAUCGCUUCCGACCUUUGAACCUCGCUCGCAAGUAGUCAUAUCCCCCAGCGGCUUCAAACCCUCCUCUAUAGCCCGCCCCUCCUCCCUCCCCCCCCCCUCACCCUUCGUUUCCUGCGAUUUAUCUGCGCGAUGGCCAAGGGGAGGAGAGAGCGGCGGAUUCUGGUGGUCACCGGAGCAGCUGCCUUCGUCGCCGUCGGUCUAAAACUCCUCGUCUCCGCCAUCAAAGCCCACAAACAAAGGAGAAGGAAGAUGCCAGAUGUUCCUGGGUCAAGGGUACUUGUCAACCUAUCUGCUUCAGAAAUUCAAAGGUUAACUGAUCAGAUCAUUGCUAAAUCAAAAGAAGUAUAUGAUUUGGUUGCAUCAGUUCCCCUUGAGAAAGUCUCUUACACGAAUGUUAUCGCCCCUUUGGCAGAACUAGAAGCUUAUCAAUUUUCAUCAGUUCAAUCUUGUGUCUUUCCAAAAAUGGUUUCUCCUUCAAAUGAUAUUCGCAAAGCAAGUGCAGAAGCAGAAAGUCGAUUGAACUUACACUUUUUAACAUGCAGAAAGCGUGAGGAUGUAUAUCGUGUCACUAAGGCUUUUGCUGAUAGAGGAGAAUGGCUAGGCUAUGAAGCAAAACGAUACACCCAAUGCUUGGUUAAAGAGUUCGAGCGGAAUGGUGUUAAUCUCGCUCCAAGCAAGAAAAAAGAAUUGGAGAAUUUGGGAGCACGAAUAGAAGAACUAAGUUUGCAAUACGCCCAAAAUCUUAGUAUGGAUAACAGUUUUCUUCUUUUGGGCGAGUCAGAGCUAGCAGGAAUGCCUCUUCAAUUCAUCAAGAGCUUAGAGAAGACCGAAGAUGGUAAACUGAAAGUUUUCUUGAGAAGUCAUAAUGUUACUCCGAUACUUGAGCAUUGUAAGAUAAGGGCUACACGAAAGUCAAUUGCUGUAGCUUAUGGCCAGAGGUGUGGAAAAGAAAAUCUUGAUAUCUUAGAAAAUUUGGUCCAGAUACGCCAUAAAUAUGCUCAGUUGCUUGGUUAUUCUAACUAUGCUGAAUUCACUCUUGAAUCUAGAAUGGCCAGGACAUCUGAAAAGGUUUUUGAAUUUUUGGAAGAUAUCUCAGAGAAUUUAAGUGAUUUGGCAAUGGAAGAACUUAAUGUGCUCAAGGAUCUCAAGAGAAGGGAGGAUGGGGAUUCACCUUUUGGAAUGGAAGAUUUAUUGUACUACAUGAAAAGGGCCGAGGAACAGCAUCUUGAUCUUGACCUUGGAGAAGUUAAACAAUACUUUCCUGUCAACUUGGUUAUGUCUGGCAUUUUUAAGAUAUUUCAAGAUCUGUUCGGUAUAAGAAUUGAGGAAAAUAAAGAUGUUGAGGUUUGGCAUGAAACUGUGUGCCUCUUCUCUGUUACUGAUGUCAGCUCUAAUGAGCUUUUGGGUUACUUUUACCUUGACAUUCAUUCCAGAGAAGGAAAAUAUGCCCAUACUUGUGUUUUGGCCCUUCAAAAUGGUAACUUAUCAUCUAAUGGCACCCGUCAGAUUCCAGUUGCACUACUGCUUUCUCAAUGUCCAAAACAAAUAGAUGAUAAUCCUGUGCUAUUGCGGUUCUCAGAAGUUGUUACUUUCUUCCAUGAAUUCACCCAUGUGGUCCAUCAUAUAUGCAUUCGUGCAACAUUUUCCAGGUUUUCUGGACUACGAUUAGAUGCUGACUUUAUUGAAGUUCCUAGUAAGCUUCUUGAGAACUGGUGUUAUGAGAGCAUCUCGUUGAAAAUUAUGUCUGGUUACUACCAGGAUAUUACAAAAUCUGUCACAAGUAGUAUGUGUACAUCAUUAAGGAGAAAACGAGAUUUGUUUUCUGGCCUUAGGCUCAAGCAAGAAGUCCUACUAUGCCUCAUAGAUCAGUUUAUACAUUCAAGUGAAAAUGUCGACAUAUUAGAGUUACUAAAGCAUUUACAUCCUAAGGUAAUGCUGGGGAUACCACUUUUGGAAGGGACCAACCCAGCCUCUUGUUUCCCCCAAAUUGUUAUUGGCUCUGAAGCCAUUUGCUACAGUUAUAUUUGGAGUGAGGUUGUUGCUGCUGACAUAUUUGCAGCAAAGUUUCAGGAGGAUUUGCUGAAUCAGUAUGCAGGGUUGCAGUUCAGAAAUAAGGUAUUAGCUCCAGGAGGAGCCAAGGACUCCCUUGAGAUUCUGUCAGAUUACUUGGGAAGAGAGCCAGCAAUUCAUUCAUUUAUUGAGAGCAAAACCAGAAAUAGCUUGUAAAGGGCAUGCAUACUCAUUGAAUGUGUUCCAACAUUAACUUAAGUCGGCUGAACUUUCUCAGAGCAUGACUCCAAGAUUAUGAUUCCGAUGAGUUUUUGUGUUUUUGUGAAAUCUUUUCAAAUGUUGGUCUGGAAGUUUGUCAAUGGGCUGUUGCUUUUAAAUCAGUCGUUUGAUGUUAUAUGGCAUUAAUUAUAUGGAA